AUGGGUCUGCUAAGUGUGGAUUUGUUGAUCACGCUUCAGAUCUUGCCGGUCUUUUUCUCCAAUUGCCUCUUUCUCGCGCUCUAUGACUCUGUGAUUCUCCUGAAGCACAUGGUUCUGUUUCUGAGCCGCUCCAAGUCUGGGCGCGGUGAGUGGCGGAGGAUGCUGACCUCGGAGGGGCUGCGCUGCGUCUGGAACAGCUUCCUCCUGGACGCCUACAAGCAGGUCAAACUGGGAGGAGAAGCCCCAAACUCCAGUGUAAUCCACAUAGCCAAGGGCAGCGAUGACAGCAGUGGCAGCUGGAAGAAUGUUGGUGGCAAGUGCGGAACCAAAUGCCACCUUCUGGAUUUUGCCAACUCAGAGCGGCCACUGGUGGUCAACUUUGGCUCAGCUACCUGACCACCGUUCACAAGCCAGCUGUCAGCCUUCAGCAAGCUGGUGGAGGAAUUCUCUGGUGUGGCUGACUUUCUGUUGGUCUACAUCGAUGAAGCUCAUCCAUCAGACGGCUGGGCUGCGCCUGGAAUCUCUCCCUCUUCAUUUGAAGUUAAGAAACACAAAAGCCAGGAAGAGAGAUGUGCAGCUGCUCACCAGCUCCUAGAGCACUUUUCCUUGCCACCUCAGUGCCAAGUGGUGGCUGACUGCAUGGACAACAAUGCCAAUGUGGCCUACGGGGUUUCAUUUGAGCGAGUAUGCAUUGUGCAGAGACAAAAAAUUGCCUACCUGGGGGGCAAAGGCCCCUUUUUCUACAACCUUCAAGAAGUCCGGCUUUGGCUGGAGAAAAACUUCAGCAAAAGAUGA